GGCGGUUUGCGGCUCUCAUGGCUGCAGCCAGCGUGACCCCUCCCGGCUCCCUAGACUUGUUGCAGCCUGGCUUCUCGAAGACCCUCCUGGGGACCAAGCCGGAGGACAAGUACCUGUGCUCGGCCUGCAGGAACGUCCUGCGCAGGCCUUUCCAGGCACAGUGUGGCCACCGCUACUGCUCCUACUGUCUGACCAGCAUCCUGAGCUCCGGGCCUCAGAACUGCGCUGCCUGUGUUCACGAGGGCAUAUAUGAAGAAGGCAUUUCCAUUUUGGAAAGUGGUUCGGCUUUCCCAGACAACGCUGCACGCAGGGAGGUGGAGAGCCUGCCGGCCGUCUGUCCCAGCGACGGUUGCACCUGGAAGGGGACUCUUAAAGAGUAUGAGAGCUGCCAUGAAGGACACUGCCCGUUCAUGCUGACCGAGUGCCCAGCGUGCAAAGGCCUGGUUCGCCUGGGGGAGAAGGAGCGCCACUCGGAGCACGAGUGCCCGGAGAGAAGCCUCAGCUGCAGGCACUGCCGGGCGCCCUGCUGCUGGGCGGACAUGAAGGCACACCACGAGGUCUGCCCCAAGUUCCCCUUGACUUGCGAUGGCUGCGGCAAGAAGAAGAUCUCACGGGAGAAAUUCCAGGACCACGUCAGGGCGUGCGGCAAGUGCCGAGUCCCGUGCAGGUUCCACGUCGUCGGCUGCCCCGAGAUGGUGGAGAGUGAGAAGCAGCAGCAGCACGAGGCCCAUUGGCUCCGAGAGCACUUGGCCAUGCUGCUGGGCAGCCUCCUGGAGGCCAAGCACCUCUCAGGAGCAGGUGGCCCCUUCCUGGGCCAGAGCGAGGUGGGGGGCUGGGAAGCCAGCACGCUGCACCCCGAGCUGGAGCUCUCCAAGGCCGCGGAGCUGCGGCAGCGGUGUGAGGCCCUGGAGAGGAAGACGGCCACCUUUGAGAACAUCGUCUGCGUCCUGAACCGGGAGGUGGAGAGGGUGGCCAUGACCGCUGAGGCCUGCGGCCGGCAGCACCGGCUGGACCAGGACAGGAUCGAGGCCCUGAGUAACAAGGUGCAGCAGCUGGAGAGGAGCAUCGGUCUGAAGGACCUGGCGAUGGCCGAGCUGGAGCAGAAGGUCCACGAGAUGCAGGCGACCACCUUCGACGGCGUGUUCGUCUGGAAGAUCUCCGACUUCGCCAGGAAGCGUCAGGAAGCCGUGGCUGGCCGCACGCCCGCCAUCUUCUCCCCAGCCUUCUACACAAGCAGGUACGGCUACAAGAUGUGUUUGCGCAUCUACCUGAACGGAGACGGCACCGGGCGCGGGACACACCUGUCUCUCUUCUUUGUGGUGAUGAAGGGCCCCAACGACGCCCUCCUGCGGUGGCCCUUCAACCAAAAGGUGACCUUAAUGCUGCUUGACCAGAACAACCGGGAACACGUGAUUGAUGCCUUUAGACCCGACGUGACCUCAUCCUCUUUCCAGAGGCCAGUCAGUGACAUGAACAUCGCCAGCGGCUGCCCCCUCUUCUGCCCCGUCUCCAAGAUGGAGGCCAAGAAUUCCUACGUGCGCGAUGAUGCCCUCUUCAUCAAGGCCAUUGUGGACCUGACGGGGCUCUAGCCACCUCCCACCAGGGUCGGGGGUCGGGGGUCAGGAAUAGCUGGGCCUGAUGGCUUGGUGAGGAGCCACCACCCUGGGCCUGAGCCUCGCGGAGGGUGGGCACCUGCUGCGUUCAUGUCCCGCUGGGAAGGGGCCGCCUCCUGGGAGAGGCCGCUCAGCCCAGGCCACGUGGGGUGGGCUGCAGGCCUGUUGGUACCUGCCGGUGGGCCGUCUGUGUAGGCGCUCGGGGCAAGGUGAGCAGAGGGGCAGGGUGAGCUGGUACCUUGGCCCGCCCUCUGGCCUGGACAGGAGGGACGUUCUCAGGCCUGGCCACUACUCUGAGGAGAGGCCCUGCUGUGCAGGCCCAGCCAGGCCACGGGCAGGGAGGGCACUCUGUGUCCUCCGGACAUCCUGUCGGCUGCCCCUGUGGUGAGUGUGGGGUGCACAGUGGGCCCUGCUGCGAGAUGGGGUGGGUUAGCUGCCCCGUCGGGCUGUGGAGAAGUCGUUAUUAAACUGUUAAAUCUCGGGGAGAGUGGUGUCCAUUUGCCUCUGGCCUUAGUGGCGGUGACCCUCAUGGGGCCUCCUGGCUCUCUGCCCUCCCGUGGCCCCCUCCCCACAAGUCACCAGGUCCCCGAGCAGUUACGGGGGUUCCCUGACGCUGCAGGCUCGCUCCUGCUAUUCUUUUUUCUGGACUAUUCUUUGCCAGCUAGCUCUUCCUCCCUCAGGCCUCCCCAGGGGCUGCCUUGAGAGCAGGUCCACGUGUGUCCCUGCCGUUGCCCGCAGGGACCUCUGGUGCUGGGAGGGCGGCCAGUAGAUCCUUCUGCAUUUGCCUACCCUGAACCAGGACUUGUCCAGGCGCCAGGCAUUUCCUCCCACCGGUGGCCGGUAGUUCUGGCACCCUGACCACAGGCCUGAACCUCCGUGAGACCUGGGUCGGGGCCUCAGCCCUGGGCGGUGCGGGAGGGACUGGGGCAGACUCGGGGGUCCUGGCCAGUGGCCGUCUGCACCGUGCUGCUGGUGGCCCCUCGUUUGUUCUCAGAACUGCCUGGUUCCAGAGGGCCAGGCGGGGGGCUGCCCAGGCGUCUUUGUAGAGAACCCGCGACACGUUUGACUUCCCCUGACACCGUGACUCACUUCUCUGUGUCGAGAGUUGAUGUGACAGAAAAGCACUGAGAAGAAAGAAACGAGCCUAGGACAUGUGCUGUCGUGCUAAGAGAAACGCAGCAGAAAAGUGAAGCCCUUCCGGGCCCUUCCCUGCCAGCUCUCCAGAGCGCCAUCCUCAUGAGUUGCUUCUUUCCUGCGUUUCCACAAACGAGACCACAGAGUCUUCUCCAGCGGGAAACCUUGCGCUGAGCUGGUGCCAAAUUGACUGCACCCGCUUGUCAGCCCUGCCUCUGAGCUGCAGGGCACAGACUGCCCGCGUCAGGCUCCUGACCCGGGAGCACAGGGGCCUGGUGGGCUGCGGAGUCCAGAGACUCGCCUGCCGCCCUUGUCCACCUGUCU